AGUCAAGUGAACGGUACUUUGAAUACAGGGCUUAAGCAACGAAGUUAAAGAAAGCGCUAGAGAUAAAAAUUCGUUUUCAAUAGGGUGAAAUUUUAUUACAGGUCAGAGGAAUGAGUGUGAGCUUCGCUGUGUUACACCCUCUUCACCAGCUUUCUGUUAGCAUAUGCUGAUCAAGCCCAGCAUGUGCUCUAAGACUUGGAAAAUGCCGACAUUUCCACUAAGCAGCUCUCUCUGCGUUUUUAUUUUUAAGCUCUUAGACUUGCCAUACCAGUGCACCAGCAAGAUGAAGCUCUUACUUCUUCUGUCGCUUGUGCUCGCCCUGGCUUACGCUCUCCCGGCUCCGCUCAUGAAGCCGCGGGCUGGUUCUCCCAUUCCUGGAAGAUACGUUAUGCUAAAGAAAGAUGCUAUAUACGUUUACGAUUUUGGCAAAUUUGGUGGCUUCACAGCUGAUAUGACUGAUGACAUCCUCAACCGGAUCCGCCAUCUGCCUGGUGUAGAAUAUGUUGAGCAGGACGCCGUUGUCACCGCCAGCCUUGGCGAGGUCGACCGUCUAGACAAAAAGGCCUAUGUCACCCAGUCUUCGUCAACUUGGGGUCUUGCCCGUAUCUCACACAAGGCCCGCGGCAGUGUUUCAUACACUUAUGACAGUACCGCAGGAGCCAACACGUGUGUUUACGUCAUUGACACAGGUAUUGCUACCAUUCAUCCUAAGUUUGAGGGCCGUGCAACAUUUGUCGCAAAGUUCGCUGGAGGCGGCUCGAACACAGAUGACAACGGGCACGGUACUCAUUGCGCCGAAACUAUAGGCUCUAAGACCUAUGGCGUAGCUAAGAAGUCUAAACUCUUCGCUGUUAAAGUCCUUGACGCUUCUGGUGUGGGUACUAAUUCAGCUGGCUGCUCUAACGGUGUGGUCGGCAGUAUGUCGCUUGGGGGAGCAAGGAGCACAGCUGUCAAUAGUGCAACAGCCAAUGCUGUGGCCGCAGGUGUAUUUAUGGCUGUUGCAGCUGGGAACGAAGCUCAAGAUGCUUCUAACUCUUCACCAGUUUCAAAAGCCACGGCUUACACGGUCGGUACCACAGACAGCUCGGAUGGAUUCGCUUCGUUCUCCAAUUUUGGCUCUUCCAUUGAUAUUCUGGCUCCUGGUGUUUCGAUUGUCACCACCUGGUUGAACAAUGGUACUAACACUAUAUCCGGUACUUCAAUGGCUACUCCCCACGUCGCUGGUCUUGCUGCCUACAUUCUUGGCUUGGAGGGCAAGAGGACCCCUACCAAACUGGCUGCCCGCCUCACUGCACUUUCUACUAAAAACGUCAUCACUGGCCUGUCCUCGGACAUUAAAAACUGCGUUGCCUUCAACGGCUGCCCCAACAGCUAG